GCCAGAGGGCCGCGGCGUUCCGCGGGCAAGUCGCGGAUUGUCAGAACGGUCGUCGCCGAACAGGGGCGAGGUUGCGUCGCUCGGUGCUGCCGGUCCGGGGCUCGCCUAAGAAUGAGAGCGCAAAGGACGCAGGGCCGCUGGAGGCGCAGGUAACGGAGCUGGGGCGCGGUGGGUCUGCUUCCGGGACCCGUGGUGCUGAAUGGAGGGGACUGAGGCGACGCCAAGCCGCGGCUCCUAGCCGCGGGGCCGCUGCUUGAGCUGCAGCUGCCAGGCGAGGAUGUGUGGAGCCCGAGCGGCGUGAGGCAGCUGAGAGCCUUCGGGUCCCAGGACCCCUGGGGCCCGAUAUGAGUUAGCGCGGGCCGCCGCGGGGGCCAGUUCCUGCCGCUGCAGGCCAGAGCGACGGCCGCCGCCCGCCCGCCCCCUCCGUGCAGAAGCCGCCAGCUCCUUUCCGCGCCCGCCUGCCCUCUCUCCCGGUCCUGAAGACCAUGAGGUUCCGCAUCUACAAGCGGAAGGUGCUAAUCUUGACGCUCGUGGUGGCCGCCUGCGGCUUCGUCCUUUGGAGCAGCAAUGGGCGACAAAGGAAGAACGAGGCCCUUGCCCCGCCGCUGCUGGACGCCGAGCCCGCGCGGGCUGCGGGCGGCCGUGGCGGGGACCAUCCCGCCGUGUCCGUGGGCAUCCGCAGGGUCUCCAACGAGUCGGCAGCCCCGCUGGUGCCGGCGGCCGCGCAGCCCGAGGCGGACAACCAGACGCUGCGCUACCGGUCCCUGGUGUACCAGCUGAACUUUGAUCAGACGCUGAGGAAUGUCGAUAAGGCUGGCUCCUGGGCCCCCCGGGAGCUGGUGCUGGUGGUCCAGGUGCAUAACCGACUCGAAUACCUCAGACUGCUGCUGGACUCACUUCGCAAAGCCCAGGGCAUUGAAGAUGUCCUGGUCAUCUUCAGCCACGACUUCUGGUCCCCAGAGAUCAAUCAGCUAAUCGCCGGAGUGGAUUUCUGUCCGAUUCUGCAGGUGUUCUUUCCUUUCAGCAUUCAGUUGUACCCCAACGAGUUUCCGGGCAGUGACCCCAGAGACUGCCCCAGAGACUUGCAGAAGAACGCAGCUUUGAAGUUGGGGUGCAUUAAUGCUGAGUACCCUGACUCAUUUGGUCAUUAUAGAGAGGCCAAGUUUUCCCAGACCAAGCAUCACUGGUGGUGGAAGCUGCAUUUUGUGUGGGAAAGGGUCAAAGUUCUACAGGAUUAUGCUGGCCUUAUCCUUUUCCUAGAAGAGGAUCAUUACUUAGCCCCAGAUUUUUAUCAUGUCUUCAAAAAGAUGUGGAAGCUGAAACAGCAGGAGUGCCCUGAGUGUGAUGUUCUCUCCCUAGGGACCUAUACCGCCAGCCGGAGUUUCCACGGCAUUGCUCACAAGGUAGAUGUGAAAACUUGGAAAUCCACAGAGCACAAUAUGGGUCUAGCCUUAACCCGCAAUGCAUACCAGAAGCUGAUCGAGUGCACAGACACUUUCUGUACCUACGAUGAUUAUAACUGGGACUGGACCCUUCAAUAUUUGACUGUAUCUUGUCUUCCAAAACUCUGGAGAGUGCUGGUUCCUCAAGUUCCCAGGGUUUUUCACGCUGGAGACUGUGGUAUGCAUCACAAGAAAACCUGUAGGCCAUUCACCCAGAGUGCCCAGAUUGAGUCACUCUUAAAUAGUAACAGACAGUACAUGUUUCCAGAAACUCUAAUUAUCAGUGAGAAGUCUCCUGUGGUAUCCAUUGCCUCACCUAGAAAAAAUGGAGGGUGGGGAGAUAUUAGGGACCACGAACUCUGUAAAAGUUAUAGAAGACUGCAGUGAAAAAAAAUCACAGUGGCAAAAGUGACAGUCUUCUAUUUUUGAUAUUUGUCCAAACAGGAUAUACAGUUGAAUAAAAGGGUUUAGGAACUGGUUUCUGCUUUAAUACAAAAAAAGAAUUCUUGUAAAAGGUGUCCAAAUAUAUAGUAUUCUUUUUGUUGUGUCUGAUUAAGAUUUAAAACUGAAGUUUUCACUUUGGGAGUUGGGUUUUAAAGCUCAAAUCUGUAUUGCUAAAGAUUAUGAUUAUUGUUGAUACGAGGGGAAAUUUUAUUUAAAUUGCAUCUAUUAAUCUUUUUAUCUGAAACUUUGUACACUUUUCCACUUUGAAAACUUAUUUUACGUACAGCAAAAUUUAUUUAAAACUCAUAGCAGCAAAAAGUAUUAUAAUUAAAUCAUUAGAGUAUUAAUGGAACAAGCCGUUUCACUCCUGACACAGUUAUUAGGAAAGGGAUUGCUUCACUGGUUCAUAAUUCAGAAGUUUAUGUUUUUUAAACACCUUGGCAGAAAGUCAUUUGCAGUAUUAUGGAUUCAUCUAUUGUGUUAAGAUUUGCCUGUGCUUUGGAACCUUCACAGAACACACUUUGUUUGGAAUGUAUUUGAGUGAUAAGAAAGUUUAAACAUUGUUUUCACCUCAAUAUAGAAAUACAAUGGUCUUUUUUUUUUCAUUAAUGCUACCAAAAUAAAGUACUCAUUUUUGCAUAAAAA